UUGCUGGAUUUAACCGCCGCCAUCAUUCCUCUGCGCGCUCUUUCUGUGUGCGCGCCCCAUCUUUGCUUUGUGGGGAUCCAGUCUAUAAAUACCACGGACCUCCGCACUCAGUGACAGUCAAAGACAGCUGAAGCCAUAAUCUUACCCACACUUUGAGGCUAUUUGUGGCAGUCGGAGCAGGCCAGUGAGCACCGGCAGUCCCGCUGUGUCGUAGCAGGAACAAAACCCCACCAACAAAAUGGCGGCGUUGACAAUAGACCCGAUGCGGCAGCCUCGGAUGUACCAACAGACCUUGCUCCAGGAUGGACUGUGUGAUCUUUUGGACAAUGACAAGUUUGUGGACUGUGUCCUGAAAAUCCAGGACAAGGAGUUCCCCUGCCACCGUCUGGUUUUGGCGGCCAGCAGCCCCUUCUUCAAGACCAUGUUCCUGUCUGAGCUAGAGGAGAGUAAGAAGAGGGAGAUAGUCCUUAAAGAUGUGGACCCCAGUGUCAUGGAGAUGAUCCUGCGCUACCUGUACACAUCUGACAUUAAUCUGACAGAGCAGAAUGUCCAGGAUAUCUUCAUGGUCGCUAACAUGUACCAGAUCCCCUCUAUCUUCUCCGUUUGUCUGACCUACCUUCAAGAGAAGAUGGUGCUGGGAAAUUGCCUUGCCAUCUUCAAACUAGGGCUUCUUCUGGAUUGUCCGAGACUCGCUCUUGGUGCCAGGGAGUUCAUCUGUGAACGUUACCAGGUUGUUGCCAGGGACCAGGACUUUUUCCAGCUCAGCCCCAGUGAGUUAGCCAUCAUCCUCUCUUCAGACGCCCUGAACGUUGAACGGGAGGAGCAGGUUUUUGAAUCCCUGAUGGAGUGGAUCAAACAAGACGAGACAACGCGCUUAAAGGAACUCCCCGAGCUGUUACACUGCGUCCGAUUCAGGCUCAUUCCCAUAGACUACUUCAAAGAAAACGUUGAGCGUCACCAGUACAUCCGAUUUAACCAAGAAAUCAAGAAGGAGCUGGAUCUCGUCACAGAUGCCCAGCAAGGUCGCCUCCCCAAGCCGAAGAGGCUUGGCAGCGAUGGGGCAAAGGGAGGAGAUGGGAGCGAUGAGGAGAGGGAGGAUGACGAGGAGGCAUACCUGCCAGGAGUCCUGAACAACAACCCUCGCUUUGGGAUGUUUGAGAUGGACCUUGUACUUAUGAUCAACAACACUGGCACUGUGGCCUAUGACCCGGUGGGAAACGAGUGUUUUGUAGUGUCAGAAUCUACAGAGAUUCCCAAAAACCACUCUAGCCUGGUGACAAAGCAGAACCAGGUAUUUGUGGUUGGAGGACUUCUCUAUAAUGAGGAAGACAAGGACGAACCGUUCAUGUCUUACUUCCUACAGUUUGACCCAGUAAGUUCGGAGUGGCUGGGGAUGCCUUCCCAGCCAAAUCCUCGGUGUCUGUUCGGCCUGGCCGAGGUUGAAAACUCCAUCUUUGUUGUCGGUGGAAAACAACUGAAGGAGGGAGAGCACGCUCUGAGUUCAGUCAUGAUCUAUGACAGACAGUCAUUCAAAUGGGGAGAGUCCGACCCGCUGCCUUAUGAAGUGUACGGUCACGGGACUGUAGCACACAACGGUCUUGUCUAUGUUAUUGGUGGAAAGUCUGAGAGCAAGAAAUGUAUGAGAAGAGUCUCCGUCUACGACCCCACCAAGUUUGAGUGGAAGGACUUGGCUCCUCUGACGACGGCCAGGUCUCUGUUUGGCAUCGCCGUCCAUCGGGACCAGAUCUACGUGGCCACGGGAGUGACCGACUCAGGCCUCACCAGCUCUGUGGAAGUCUACGACAUCACCGCCAACAAGUGGUCUGAGUUUACAGAGUUCCCUCAGGAGCGCAGUUCUCUCAGUCUCAUCUCAACAGGAAGUUACCUGUACGCUAUCGGAGGCUACGCCAUGACGCCCAGCGAAACCAGCGAAGAGCCUGUACCAACUGAGAUGACCGAUAUCUGGAGAUAUGAUGAGCCGGAGAAGUGCUGGAACGGGAUUUUGCGAGAGAUUUGCUAUGCAGAGGGAUCCACCUUUCUCCCAGUGCGACUCAACACUCUCCGCCUUUCCAAGUUAUGAUCAAACUGAACUGCUGCUCUGUUGGGUUUCAUGUUGUACGCUAGAGGAAAUAUAAUUCUUCUAUGUGGACAUUUUCCUAAAAUUAGAUUGGGGUACAAAGUGAUUCAGCGGCAACAAUUAAAGACAAGAAGAAGCAAUGAGCUGUGAGAUCAGAGUGAAGCUGUUUUAUCAUGUGCUGUACAGCAGGGGGAGACAGAGACAUGCCAACUGAUUAAAGCGAAAGAAGAAGGACAAAUAUUACCAACUUCAGAAAAAAAAGAAGAAAUUUUCAUCUGUGUAUCUUUCCUUUUGGUGUAUUGUUUCAUUAAGUUUGUUUACUGCGUAUACUAUAAUGCUGCAUUCAAAUAAAAGAUUGUUGAAAAAACUA